AUGCUGCGGAUAGCCCUCGCUUGUCUGGUGGCCUCGGUAGCCGCCAUUCCGGUAGACAACAACGUCGAAGGAGAGCCGGAGAUCGAAUGCGGCCCGACAUCCAUCACUGGUUCAUUCGAAGGUCCCAACUUUCUCAGCCUAGACUUUCAUUGCAGUCAACUUCAACACAAGAAACGCUUUCGAAGGACACGUCUACGUGAAAGGACUUUUCGACCAACAAGAAUGCCGGAACGACGAAGGCGGACGUCAGGUACCCACAAGCUCUUCCAGAGACUUCGAUGAGGCUAUUAUUUUAGGUGGCCGGCAUCGAACUGCCCUUCGACACGUGCAACGUCGCUCGCACUCGGUCCCUCAAUCCCAAAGGAGUUUUCGUCUCAACCACCGUCGUCGUUUCUUUCCAUCCUCAGUUUGUCACCAAAGUCGAUAGGUGAGAAUCGAGAAUUUUUGUCACGAGUGAAUCAGACUGACUGAAUCCGAGCUAUAUCCAAUAUCCACGAUUAAUUCAGAGCUUAUCGUAUCCAAUGCUUCUACAUGGAGUCCGACAAGACUGUCUCCACUCAGAUUGAAGUUUCCGAUUUGACGACUGCCUUCCAGACCCAGGUGAAAAAUUUUCAAAUUAGCUUUUAAAUAAGCAGCCGAGUUGCAAAUAUUGAAGGUAGUUAUGAACUAAUUUCAGGUCAUGAACUCAUUUUAUGAAAAGUUAGACUCAGACGGUAGUUUCAAAAGAACACAAUUUGAAAGCGAGGCGUUCUAACCAGAACAAAAAUGAAAAUAAAUGAAUUCGACUUUUUUAUUGGAUGAAAGUUCUUUAGGGAACGUAUCAGCAAAUUUUUAUGAAAUAAUCAAACUGUGAAUUUUUUGAUGCGCUUGUGAUAUUUUUUUUUCUUAGACGUAAUUGUGAAGAUAAAAAAAGGAUUUUAUUGUAAUAACUUUUCACCUGGCUUUCAGGUAGUGCCAAUGCCAAUUUGCAAAUACGAGAUCUUGAACGGAGGCCCGACUGGGGAGCCUGUGCAGUUUGCCACCAUUGGACAACAGGUACGAGUUUUUGAUGAUACUUCUUGGAUAUCAGUGUGCUCUCUAACGGGCUCCAGAAAAGAGAAUUGAAGAAAUGUUCAAUAUAUUGAUUGGCUAAUAAUUUUCGAUUUCUUUUUAAAAACUGGCUAAACGGAUAUUUAAAAAGUAAUUUGUUUUUCCAUGAAAUUUUUUUAUUAGAAAGUAGAAAUGUUUAUGCCUUGUUCGAAAUGACUCUACGAAAUUCAAGAUAGUCGUCAGAGUGUGAAAAAUUUUUUUUUGAAGAGUCUGAGAUGAUUUAGAAUUUCGUCGGAAAUACUUUGGACACGCCAUCAAAGAAUGAUCUUAUAAUCGUACUUGAUAUGAAUCACGGCUUGCCAGGUCUAUCACAACUGAAAAACUUUUAAGGAAAAAAGGCGUUUUUAUACUGAUUACAAAUAAAAGCUCAGAAAUGAGGUCAGUGAAAAAAAUUACGACCGUUAAAGCGUUAAAGAAAUAUCCCCAUUUUAUUAAGUCAAGUUUUGAAUUCAAGGAUGAAAGUUUUUUGAAUGUCACGAUAAAAGGGAUACUUUUCUGAUGUUUUUUGGCCCCGGUUCUAACAGGACAAAUAGUGCGAAAUAGCAGAGGUGGAAGAAAUGAGGGGCCCUCCCGGGCGCAACAUGCCCGCCUCAGCCAUCAGGCCUCUGAGAAGAAAUGAGCCGCGUCAUUAUGUGUCGAUGGCGUAUAAUACCACGUUGCAAAAAGUAGGGCGAAAAUGGUCAUUUUUUUGUUCAUUUUUUUCAUUAAAUCGUGGAUUUCGCAAUUUAUUCAAUAAUUUUUUUAAUUUUUUUCAGUGGAUAUGAUGUCCAGUUGAACUUUUUCAUGUGAAGUACGGUUAUAUUUGUUCUUUUCUUCAGGCGAAAUGUUCCAGAUUUAUGGUUACGAACCCGCUGACUAGUGAGAGAAUAAAUUACCGUGAUCAUUAAAUUGGAAGUUCAAAAAACCUUGUUUUAAAGCUUCGAAAACAACGAUUUUACAAGAUUUUAGAAGAUUCCAAUUUUUGCGCGUUCUUUUUCUUCCAAUGGCGUUUUUUCGCCAUCGCGGUUUCGGCCCCGGGCGCCCUGGGCAGCGACUUAUCAAGAAAUGGCCAUGGCGGCCUACGUCGGUUUAGAAAUGUAAACGUUUGAAAACGCUUAGGGGCGCCAUUUCUCCACCUCUGCGAAAUAGUGUGGAUUUGAUUUUUCAAAAAUUCAAGUUUGAGAGACUAUAAAGUUUUAAGUACUUACCGGCAAAUUUGACGUUCUCUCAAAAUCGAAUUGCGGCAUCUAGUGAACUUUUUAUAAUUUAGAAGUUUUGAUGUGAGCCGAAAACAUUGCCUCGUUAUUCAAGAGAGCUGAAUCUUAAAUUUAAACACAAUAAUUAGAUAAACGAAAGUUUAUGAACAUAAUGCGUUUCAAAGAUAAAGAGAUUAAAAAGUUCAAUUGAAAGCGAAGACCAGGUGUUGAUCAGUUCGAGAAGAAAACUCACUCCCGAAAACGUAAUCUACUGAAAUCUUAACGACUACUGCUCCAGGUCUAUCACAAAUGGACUUGCGACUCCGAGACCAUCGACACUUUCUGCGCCGUCGUCCACUCCUGCACCGUCGACGAUGGAAACGGCGACACUGUCCAGGUACUUGGCCACAUUUCAUCGAUAUUUAUAAUUUCGCCCAAUCUCUAAGAUCCUCGACGAGAACGGCUGUGCUCUCGACAAGUUCCUGCUCAACAACUUGGAGUACCCCACUGACCUCAUGGCUGGACAGGUUUUGUUUUGUUAGACCGAUUUCUAAAAAAAAGUUCUUCCAAUAUGAAACAUUUACACCUCUUUCCCAUAAAUGUGUAACAAAAAGUUUUAGGAGGCUCACGUCUACAAAUACGCCGAUCGCUCUCAGUUGUUCUACCAGUGCCAAAUCAGCAUCACAAUCAAGGUUCGAAAGUUCUAGCUGAAGUCUUUUUAUAUUACUUUCACACUCACUUCGAGUCAUAAUUUUUUUUUUUGCAAAAAAAACUGUUAGUUUUCAACAUUUCUGAGCUUGUCUUGUAUGGUGUUUCAAUGUUUUUCGAAAACAGAAUGCGUAGAGCAUCUCAAGUGUCUCAUAGAUUUUAAUAAGCGAACUAUUUUUUUUUUGAGUAUUUUAAUCUGACGCAGUGAUUUCGAUAACAAAAUUCUCCAUAAAGGAGAGCAUAGUUAGCAUGGAAAUUGAGCAUCACAGUUUUUUUUUUAUAAACGUUUCCUUCACUUAUAAUUUCGAAUCGAGAACAAUAACAAGCUACAAGAAUAAUCCAGUGAAAGUCUUAUGUUUAUACUAUGUUUUCAUCCCAAACCAGAAACUGAUGGACUUUGCAGGAACCUCACUCGGAGUGCGCGCGACCUCAAUGCGGCGAGCCUCAAGGCUUCGGGGCCCUGCGACAGAACCACACGGCGCAGUUCUUCCGCGUGCUGAAGAAACGUUCCGUCGAGUUCGAGAACGUCCUCGACGUACGAGCCGAGCUGACGGCGCUCGAGGUGCUCGACGGUGACCUGCCCUCGUUGCCGUCGGCGCAGGCGUUGAUCGCUCAGCCAACGUCUUUUGACACCGAGGCCGUCUGCAUGUCCCUCCACAGCAUGAGUGUCCUUAUUGCCUUCCUCGCCGCCCUUAUGAUUGUCUCAGUGGUUGUAACUUACCUGUGCGUUCGUGUCAAGAAGUUCUCGCCUUAG